UCAUCAUCAUCAUCACUCAAUCACAAGCAUCCAUUUGAGAUCUUGACAACUACCACAAUCCUUGUCUUCGACUGCCGGUCACUUACACCACUUACACCAAUCACAACAACACUCAAGACCUUCAAAAUGGUUGCUGCUCCCAUGAUCAAGCCUUCUGCUGGCCCUAAGGCCCUCCCUCUUCUCCUCGUCGUCGGAAGUGUCUCGGUCGUUGGCACCUACGUCUCCUCCCAGCUCAGGACACAAUCCCGCACUUUCGACCGGUACUUUAGCCAGUACAACAGCACCCAGAGCGAGGCGUCCCGGGCAAAGACCUUUGACGGUUCUGUUCCUGAUCCUCGUACGAGCAUCUUUAACAUUCUCGGCUGGUGA